AUAGGCUUGGAAAGAAAGAUAAAAACUCAGUACUCUCUCUCUCAGUUAUCAUUAUGAUUGAGUGAAGAAGACACACGGCCAUACAGCUUUCCAUGCCCCCUUCCCCACAGCACAACGCAACCCAACUCACUACCGGCUGUUUUGACGGUUUCCUUCCUUUCCCCUUCUCUUUUGCUCAGUGAUGAGACUCAUGGAAAGUGGGCUAUCGACUUCCUUCUGUUUGGCUUGCUGCAACACUCUGUUUCCCCCUCCUAAUGUUUCCCGGAAAAUGAGGGCAAACCACCAGAAGAGAAAAUAGAAGAAUAAAUCGAAGAACAAGAGACGACCCCUAUCUGAAAGCUGUUCCUUUUCCAUUGACACCCGCCCGAUUUGUGCUAUUUUUCUUUUCCUGAUUUCAGAAAAUGAGGAAGCAUGGAUGGCAGCUUCCUUAUCAUCCCCUCCAGGUGGUAGCGGUGGCUGUAUUUCUGGCAUUGGGGUUUGCUUUUUAUGUGUUCUUUGCUCCUUUUGUUGGGAAAAAGAUGUUCCAGUACAUUGCAAUGGGGAUCUACACUCCUCUUAUUACGUGUGUCUUUGGCCUAUAUAUUUGGUGUGCAGCAGCUGAUCCUGCAGACCCCGGAGUCUUCAAGUCCAAAAAGUAUUGUAAGAUUCCAGACAGCAAGAGUCAUGCACUGUUCAAGGAAUCUAAACUAGGAGGGGAUUCAACUUCAUCAAUACAGGAAGCAAAUGCUGCUGCAGUUGGAGGGAAACCUCUUGACAAAGGCACAAAGGACAUGGAUACUGCUGCAGAAGAUUAUAUUUCUGAAAUUGAGAAGAACAUGUCAAGUCAGCAAUCAUCCUGCUUUAGAGCUCUGCUGGCCCCUUUUGCUUGUUGCAAUUGUUCAGGUGCACAUGGAGAAUCAUCUGAGCAACAACUAAGUGAAGAUGGCAUGUUUUACUGCAGUUUGUGUGAAGUAGAGGUUUUCAAGUACAGCAAGCACUGCAGAGUUUGUGACAAAUGUGUAGAUCGCUUCGACCAUCACUGCAGGUGGUUGAACAAUUGUAUAGGCAGAAGGAACUACCGGCAAUUUUUCACCCUGAUGGUUUUUGCCCUUCUCUUGCUUAUACUUCAGUGGUCUACUGGAAUCUUUGUAAUGAUAUGCUGUUUUCUUGAGCGUAAGAGGUUCUCUGUUGAUGUAACCUCCAAGUUGGGAAGCAGUUUCACUUUGGCGCCCUUUGUUAUUGUUGUGGCAGUCUGCACCAUCUUGGCAAUGAUUGCAACCUUGCCUCUGGCUCAGCUUUUCUUCUUUCACAUUCUUCUGAUAAAGAAGGGGAUCAGCACAUAUGAUUAUAUCAUAGCUUUGAGAGAGCAAGAGCAACUAGGAAUUGGAGGUCAGCAAAGCCCCCAGAUGUCCCCUGUGAGCUCCCUCACUGGGUUAAGCAGUGCAAGUUCCUUCAAUACUUUCCACCGAGGUGCAUGGUGUACUCCUCCACGCCUUUUUCUUGAAGAUCAGUUCGAUGUGGUUCCUCCAGAUACUGGAUCUGUUAGUUCUUUGGGCAAGAAGACUGGGGGUGAGGAGCAGAUCAAGAAAAAGAACCCUGCGCCAGUGAAAAUCAGUCCAUGGACGCUAGCACGCCUAAAUGCAGGCGAGGUUUCAAAAGUUGCUGCAGAGGCAAGAAAGAAGUCAAAAAUCCUGCAGCCUGUGGUGAGACAGGAUGCUCCUCUUGGGCUUGAAACAGAGGGCAGCUUUGGGGGCAGCAGUCGGCGAAUGGUACCCAAGCCUGACAGCAAUAAUAGAAGGCGGCCUAGUAAGCGAGUUCGCAUCCCAGUAGACCUACCCCUUGAUCCCGUUGGAAAAAUAUCAGCAGCUGCUGGCAGUAACAGAGAUGAUUUCAUUCCCGAGACAUCAACCAGUUUGGCCCCGCUGCAGCUUGAAGCCCGAAGUGCUUUCCGAACAAGCCGGGCUAUGUCAAGCUCAACUGCCAUUAUUGCUUCCUCCCCGGAGAGCAGUUUGGAUUCGCCUGAUCUCCACCCAUUUCAGGUCGCAUCUCGCACCGAGGAGGCCAGGCAGCUCACGGGCCUAUCAGCUGGUGGUGCAGCUGCCCUGAAAGCAAUCCCUCUGUCAAGGUCGACUAGUGAUGGUUACGAGGCUUCUGGUGGUGAAGAUAGUGACCGAGUUCCCUCGAGGAUUGUACAGAGACCGACAGACUGGAGUAACCUUCUCUUCAGCUCUAACCGGGACGAGAGGGUUGUUAAGUUGAAGUCAUCAACUUCCUCUAGCCAGGCUAACAACAGAAAUUUUUGAACAGAGAUCCAAGUUUGUAAAAUUUGGAUGAUGGGUAGUGGUUUGAAGAUUUUUUCAUUUGUUGGCCCAGGUUGUCCAGGGGCUGAAGAAGGCCUGCUGCUUGUACUGAGAUUAAGAAUGAAGCUGUGAAGUUUGGCCAUGGAACAAA